AUGGCGGAGGCCCUGGCCAGCAAGGAGAGGGUGAGAAUCAGCCGCCCAACUAUGACGGCUGAUAUUAGGUUGAGCGGUUUCGAGGAAUCGGUCGCAGAGACCGAAAUAUGCAAAACCGUGGCGCUAAAGAGAGAUACGGGCAUCACGAACGUCACGGUGGGACCGAUCAGGAGGAUGGCCAAUGGUCUGUGCUCCACCGUAGUGAAGUGCCCGUUGGCUGUGGCUAACGUCUUUACCAAAAAGGGAAAGGUGGCAUUGGGGUGGUCUUCAGCGAAGGUGGUCAUGCUGGACAAGAGACCACUCCAAUGUUUUAAGUAUUUAGAAUUCGAACACACCCGCGCGACCUGCCGAAACGAGGCGGACCGCACCGGGGCGUACUACCGAUGUGGCGAGGACAGCCACUCGGCGCGCGACUGCCAGGUCCCGGUGCGCUGUGUGGUUUGCCUUGGCAAGGGGCUCCCCCAUGAACACCGAAUCGGGGGGCCCUCCUGCAAAAGGUGCAAGCAAGGAAAAAGAGACAAAGCCGCGGAGAAGGAAAGAGGCGAAGCGGCCAAAUCAGGAGAGGGAACGUCGAAGGCUAAAGGCAAGAGCAGCGCAAAGCCCAAGAAAAUAUUAAAAGUUAAAGUUUAA